AUGUCUCACCAGAAAAAGCAGCCCACCCCCAUGCCCCCAGUGGGCUGCGGGAAGACCUCCGGCGGGGGCGGCGGGGGCGGCGGAGGCGGCGGAGGCUCCAGCUGCGGAGGCUACUCUGGAGGCGGCGGAGGCUCCAGCUGCGGGGGCUACUCCGGCGGCGGCGGCGGCGGCGGCGGCGGUUCCAGCGGGAGUGUGAAGUACUCCGGGGGUGGUGGCAGCUGCGGGGGCGGCGGAGGCUCCAGCUGCGGGGGCGGCGGAGGCUCCAGCUGCGGAGGCUACUCCGGGGGCGGCGGAGGCUCCAGCUGCGGAGGCUACUCAGGCGGCGGCGGCGGCGGCGGCGGCUCCAGCGGGAGUGUGAAGUACUCAGGGGGUGGUGGCAGCUGCGGGGGCGGCGGAGGCUCCAGCUGCGGAGGCGGCGGAGGCUCCAGCUGCGGAGGCUACUCCGGGGGCGGUGGAGGCUCCAGCUGCGGAGGUGGAGGCUCCAGCUGCGGGGGUUACUCCGGGGGCGGGGGAGGCUCCAGCUGCGGGGACUACUCCGGGGGUGGCGGAGGCUCCGGGCAGCAGGUUCAGUGCCAGAGUUAUGGAAGCAUCUCUAGCGGCGGCUGCGGCGGGGGCUCCUCCGCCUGCGGGAGCGGCGGGGGCUCCUCCGGCUGCGGGAGCGGCGGGGGCUCCUCCGGCUGCGGGAGCGGCGGGGGCUCCUCCGGCUGCAGGGGAGCUGGCUACUUCUCGCAGCAGACCACCCAGACCUCCUGCAUGCCGCAGCAGAGCUACGGAGGGGGGUCUUCCUGCGCUGGGGGCGGCGGCUCCUCUGGAGGCGGCGGCAGCUGCUUCUCCAGUGGUGGGGGGUCGUCCUGCGGUGGGGGCGGCGGCUCCUCCGGGGGCGGCGGCGGCUGCUUCUCCAGUGGUGGGGGGUCGUCCUGCGGUGGAGGCGGAAGCUCCGGUGGGGGCUCCGGAGGUGGCAAGGGCGUCCCGAUCUGCCACCAGACCCAGCAGAAGCAGGCGCCUACUUGGCCAAGCAAAUAA